CACCAGAGUAAGUAAUGCACGUGAUCUGAACUGUUCUGAGCUGUGCCAGAUACACGAGGUGUGCUCAGCUGUGACUCCUUCACUGGGCAUCAUCUCAGAAUGAAGUGUCCUCAAUGCAAUCACGUGUCUUCAGAAAAGGCAAAAUUCUGCUGUGAGUGUGGCAACAAGCUACCAUCUCUCUCAACUGAGACAGCACCAGACAAGUCGCAAGAGUCUCAAUCAUCCUCAAACAUCCCACAUGGCACUGAUAAAGAAAAGACUGAAUCAGAAGUACUGGAUUACCAGAAUGCUAGUGUAUCUCCAACACAAUCAAAUGAAGAUAUCAACAACUCUAACCCAAAGAAAGAGAAGAAACAUGUUUCCAGUGAAGAUUCACCAGCGAAUGCCCAACAUAGUCAGGAGCAGCAGAAUUCUGAUUUUGCUGAUGACCUGAAUUGCAGUGAAAGUGAUGAUACAGAAAGUCAGUAUGUUGAGCCUCCAAAAAGAAAUCCAGCAUCAGAUCAACAAAUAAGUCCCAGAGACAGACUCACCAUUUGUUUUCAUGCAGUCCUUUCAAAAGACUUCAAGUUUAUACCAAACAAGGAUUGUAUCUUCAUAAGAGCCGGUGAUCACAUUGGUGGCUGGGAAAAAAAUUUGGUUGAACUACAAGUGUUAGGGGAUCUCGGAGAGCAUGGAUUGCUUGUGGAAGGGAAAUAUAUAUGCAAGAAGUUUGAUGCUGAAACUGUGUCCAUUCCAUACAAAUAUGUUGUGUAUAAAGAAGAAAAUCACAACAAGUAUGAAUUACAUUAUGAAUACAUCUACAAACUGGAUUCAAAAGAAACCACCAACAGAUGUCUGUUUGUCAAAUCGCAUCUCCUAAAUAGUGACGGAGAAUGGCACCAGUAUGAUGAUAUCAUCUGUAAAGAACCAUCUAAAGAUGUGAUGAAACGUAUAAAAGAAUUUCUGUGGUCUAAGCAGAGGAAAAAAAUAAUCGAGGGAAGAGAAAUUGCUGGUUCAGUCAUGCUGCAAACUAUCUUUGUCCUCCUGGGAAGCUGGAGCACAAUUAACCUCAGCAACUUCUUUUGUCAACUGCAACAGUUUUAUGAAGUCUAUGGCAACCCUUUUGUAUUUGAAAAGACAAUUGUGAAAUGGGGCUCACUUGAAUAUGGUGAAAAAGAUGUGAAAAAGCUUCUGAAGGGGUUCAUGCUGGAGUGGGUGAUUCCAGAGCUACAGAAAGACCACAAAGGGAAGAAUGCAUUCAACAUGGAGCCACUGAAUGCUGCUCUCAUUUUGCUCUACGUGUGGGGACGGUAUAGUCUAGAAUUAGACAACAGGACUCUUUCUCAUCUCUGCACUGCCCUCUGCCUGCCAAAAUUACCUAAGGAAGAGUUCCUGUCUUUCUGGGCUGGCAUAACAGAAUCAUUUUCAAUAAUAAACACCUUCAGAUUGUCUGACAUGGUGGAGGCGCUGAUCAACAGGGUGAGAACAGAGCACACGUCCAAUUGGAUCAUCGUCAUUCCACUGCUACACCUUCUCAAAGGCACUUCAGAACCAUUUCAGCCAGUGCUUAAUCAAGUCAAUGCACAAUAUGAGAAGUGCUGGGUUGGCCUGCAGGGACUCAAAUUGGAGUAUGUAAAAAAUCGAAGGGCAAUGUUGGAUCUCAUGAAGGCACAUGCACACUUGGUGGAGGUGGACAGACUGCUGGCGCGGUCUUGGAUGUACUUGAUGACUUUAGAUGAGUUGGUCGAGUGUGACUCCUUCAUCCAUGCAGAGCUCCUGGACAUCCUGCAGCUUUUCACCAUGAAAUGCCCCACAGAAAUCUCAAACAGCACUUCAACAAGCGUUUUGAAGAUUCUGGAACACAUUCAGCUUCACUUGCUUGAACAAAGAUACAGCUGUCUGAAUGAGGAUUAUGGCAUUCAGUGCAUUCAAGCAGCUUGCAAACUUCUAGAGAUGAUCUGCAAAAGAGUCAGUCAUGCGUUUACUGAUAUUCCUGUUGCUUGCAUGAACCUUGUGGCUGCUGUGUCAGGAUUUGCCCAGACAACACAACAAACAGACACUUUCUCUGAGAAGACUCGUGAGUUACUCCGUUAUGCCAAGCAAACUGUCAGAAGAUGGAUUGGACAAACCUUCCAAGGCAUACUUAUAAACACAAGUUAUCAAACGGCUGCCAACUUCACUAGAGAGAUUGAGAUGUGGAAUAACAUUGUAUCCAUUCAAUUCAUGAGUAAGGACUUUACUAAAGAAUGGAGAGAGACUUUUACAUGGGACUUUGAGGGAAAGUAUCAAAAGGAAGAUCCUCUGGACCAAAUCCAGGUUUAUUGUUCAAAGGUUGAGGAACUUAAUGUCUCCAAGCCUUUUUUGGUGGGUAGCGUGGAGAAGUGUGCUCUCCAGGCUGUUGCUGCAAAAUGUCAGGCUAAAUCUGAGUGGCAACUUUUUGAGAGAUUCGACAAACUCCGCAUAAACUGGAAAUUGAAACCGCUUGUAUCCACCAUCAUUCUGAAGUCCUGGCCAAGAGAUGACAAAGGAACCUAUCUGAAGGAUGAGCAAGUGCUUCUCAAACAUCUUCUGGGCUGGACAGCAGCUAAGAAUAUCUUUCAGCUUCAUGGUGCUGAUGAAAACCUGAUCAGUCAGCUUUCUGAAGAAGCUAAAGAGAAAUUUACCAUGGCAAUAUCAUCAUUCACAAAUAUUUUAAACCAACUUGUAUCAGGAAAAAUAAAAAUUAAGCUACUCAACCACAUCCUGGAAAACAAGAGUGCUUUCUUUGACUUGCUUAAUUUAGAUUGUUUUUGUGACAAUGAACAAUACAGGGACACCAAAGCCAUGAACAGGCUUCUUGAAUGUAGACAAGAGGAGGUGAAGGCUAUAUAUCAUGAGAAAUCACUGGUGGAUGCUCUCAUUACAGUGUGCCGCAAUCUACAGAAGCAUCCGAGGGUUGAUUUUGAAGGGUUGGAAGACAAACGCCGUAAUGACAUUGAUGAGACGGACCUGGACAAGUUUGUGGAUGUCCAUUUAUUAAAUCAGAUUCCCUCUGCAGUAAGAGUAGUCAACUACUUUGAGCUUGAAGAUGAUGUUCGAUCUAUGGCAGAGGUCCUAAAUACCUUCAAAGACGGCUACAUCUUCAGAAUGUGUUGGAUGAAUGAGGCAACAAAGUUUGCUCAAGAUUAUGGAGCAGUUUCUUCAGAAGGCAAUUCGGUUAUCACACUCAAAAAGCUUCACAGUGACAUAUUUACACCAUGCUACAAUGCCUACAAAAACAUAUACACAGGGCUUAAAGAUGGCAGCAUCACUUUUGAAAAUAUUGAUGUGACAUUCAGAGCCUACAAGGGAAAAUAUGAAGAACUGGCAGCAGAAGUUGCAAUCUUAUGCAGACUGGAUCACAGUGAUGACCGACGUUGGGUCCAGACAAGAGUCCAUCAGAUUGAGCAGUACCAUGAGCUUUAUCUGGCAAUACAGUCAGCUGAGGUGGUCAUGAUGGUCAAAGAGACGCUUUGCCUACAAGGAGACUUUCAAGUCUUGGAGAAGUUGCUUAAUACUAGACACGUGGAUUUUAAAAAGGAGCGUCUUGACAGCAUUGAUGAUGAUUUGGUGCAGGCAAAAAUUGUGCUUGUGGAAAUCACAGAAUCCCGCAGACUGUGCCUUCAGGAGCUCAGCCGCAGAAAGAAUUUUGUCACGUGGGUAAAAGAGGUGCUUCAAGACAUCAAUGAGUUGAAAGUAUUUGUGGAUUUGGCUUCCAUCUCUGCCGGAGAAAAUGAUAUGGAAGUGGAUCGUGUGGCCUGUUUUCAUGAUGCAGUUCUUGGCUACUCCUCAAUGCUCUAUGAUUUGAAGCCAGAUGCUGACUUCAAGCUUUUUAAAGAGACGCUGAAGAAUCUAUGGAAGGCGCUUGACAAUGACCACAACCUCCCAAAGAAACUGAGUGACUCUGCAAGACACUUAGAAUGGUUGAAGACAGUCAAGGAUAGUCAUGGGUCAGUGGAGACCUCAUCUCUGUCUCUGGCAUCAGCUAUCAACAUGAACGGCGUCUACGUUAUUAGUGCACAAAAUCAAAAGUUAUGCUUGGAAGAUAUUCUGAAGUUACAUAUUAUGGAAGAGCACGAUGAGGGCUGUGAGACACGGAUUUAUUCUUUUGAAGACCUCAGGGAACUUCAGAAUAAAUUAAUGCUAAUGUCGGGCAAAGGAGAUCAGGGCCAGCGUGAAGUCAAUCGAUUUGCAGAGGUCUUUGCCAGUGUACAGAGGUUGGCCUGUGCAUUUAUUGAUUUGUUUUUUGCUGGAAAUCCAUUGUUCAGACACUGGAAGGCAAAGGUCAACUGUAAUAGUAAAGAAGAAUGCAUCAUUAUGGACCUCGAUUUAGGAAGUGUUGUUAGUGUCAUGAUUGAAGGUGAUGUCACAGAACAGUUGCCAGAAGUCUGUCGGAAAAUGGAGAGCUGUUUAUGCUUCUGGAAGGCUUUUAUGGAUAAGCAGAGAUCUCAGCAUUAUUAUUUAAACUAUUUCACUUCAGAACAGGUGGUCUGCCUGUGCAGUCAGCUCACCCAGAAAAACGACACUGAAUUGAAAGAUCAAGUUCUUAUGAUGCUCUCCUUUAUCAAACCUAAUUGCUCCUUUUCAGAUGUGACACAAGCUUGGCACAGGCUUCAGUAUGAAGUAAUUAAGAAGGACCUUAGGCAAAAUGAUGACUUAGAAUUUCAAACGUUUGCAGAAGUUCCCAGCAUGAUUAAACAUGAUUUGAAUACUGAUGAGCCAUGUGCAUUGUUUGACAACUUGGCACGUCAGCUGAGGCAUGCUAAUGGGUCAGAAAAGCUAGAUGUUAUUUGGAAUGCUUACAUGCGAGACAUGAACAACUUCCUGCCAGACUGCCUUGACGUCAGAAGCCUUGGAUAUCUUCUUGAAAUUUUAGCCAACAGCCCCAGUCAAUAUGAGAGUGAUUCCAAACAGGAUGAGAAAACAAGUAAUAUUCAGAGAGAACUGCCAAAUGGAAUGGCUACUGGAAAACCAAAUCUGAUAAUCUGCCCUUCUGAAGAAAUUCUAAUAACAUGUAUUUCAAUUUACAUGAGAAGCAGAAAAGAACCUCUACCAACCUAUGAUGAAGUACUUCUCUGCAGUGGUUCCACUCCAUAUGAAGAAGUGGAGCUUUUCCUUAGGCGUUGUCUCUCUGAUGGCUAUCGGGGAAAGAAAAUAUACACAAUGCUCUAUGUGGACCAACUUACCUAUGAAGUGAGCUACAAAGUGGAGCAGUUUUUUCACCAGCAAAAUGCACAAAGCAGAAAUGAUUACAGACUGGUGUUAGUCUGCAGCUCUAAUAAGGAACAUGCAUACCUUCCCUCUGCUUUUAGUCAGUUUAGAUUGCACUUGGUUCCCCAAGAACCAAUGAUCAGUAUUCAGCAAUACCUUGUUAGGCAUUUUACAGUACCAGCUGACAUAUCCAGUGCUGCUGCUGUGUUCAAAGACAGACAGUUUGUGGGAGUUGUAUUCUCUGAAAGGUCAGGAGUCGGGAAAUCACUUUACAUUAAACGAAUGCAUGAGAAAUUAAAAAAGAUCACCGAUAAGCCUACGCAGCUGAAGUGCAUCAGGUUAACUGAGCCAAGAGUUGAUGAAAAUAUCAUCCUUAAGUCCUUGCUCAACAACUUCAAGAAACGGAAACUUUCAGUUUAUCAUUUUGACAUCACCACCAUGGUGAAGACAGGACUUCAUGAAUUUCUGUUUAGGCUAUUGAUUCUUGGUUACCUCAUAGACUCAGAAGGAAAUAUGUGGAAAAGGAAUAAUGAGCACCUGUAUGUAAUUGAGAUACUAAGACCAGAUUGCAGCACAUCACAACGUGACAGAAAAACUGGUGCUUUCAUGGAUGUGUUUCCAAGUGUUUACUGCCGUCCACCUAAAGAGGUCCUUGAGCUAGAAAUGAGAAUCCAGGAAGAUCCAUCAUUAGUAGAGGGUGAUGAUCCCCUCAUGGAUGACCAAGAGUUCCAAAGUGAGGCCUACCAGCGGCCCUAUCAGUACCUGCAACGUUUCUACAAUGGUAUUAAUUUGGAUACCUUCAGGUACCAAGGAGUUGAGGGCACUCAUGUUGAAUGCCUUCAGAUGUUGUUUGUGUACUGCGGCAUCGUAGACCCCUCUUGGGCAGAGUUGCGGAAUUUUGCUUGGUUCCUAAACUUACAACUUAGGGAUUGUGAGAACUCAGUUUUCUGCGAUGUUUCUGUUAUAGGUGACAUUUUGUUGGGAUUUAAAAAAUUUGUUGUUGAUUUCAUGAUUCUCAUGGCAAAGGAUUUUGCCACUCCUUCACUUAGCAUCUCUGACCAGAGUCCAGGAAGACCACAAAAUGACCUUUCUUCAGCCAAUGAAGAGGAUCUGGCUCCCUUUAGGAUAAGAAAACGAUGGGAGUCAGAACCACAUCCAUAUAUUUUCUUCAAUGAUGACCAUGAGUCCAUGACAUUCAUUGGCUUUCAUCUUCAGCCAAAUGCACAGAAAAGGAUUGAUGCUAUUGAUCCAUUAACAAAAAGAGUGAUCAAGCAGAACAUCAUGAACAGAGAGCUCUAUGAGGGCCUCAAACUACAGAGAGUUCCUUUUAAUAUUGAUUUUGACCAGCUUCCACGACAUGAGAAAAUUGAGAGACUUUCCAGAGUGUUGGGAAUACAGUCUCCCACUGACCCAGAUGAAACAUAUGAGCUUACCACAGACAACAUGUUGAAAAUUCUGGCAAUUCACAUGCGCUUUCGCUGCGGGAUUCCCGUUAUAAUCAUGGGUGAGACAGGAUGUGGGAAGACCAGACUAAUCAAAUUCCUUUGUGAGGUGCACAGAGGUGGAAUUGCCCCUGACAAUAUAAAAUUAGUCAAGGUUCAUGGGGGGACAAGUUCAGACAUGAUUUACACCAAAGUGAGAGAAGCAGAGGACAUGGCGUUAAGAAACAAGCAGAACUUAGAAGUUUUGUUUUUUGAUGAAGCAAACACAACGGAGGCCAUUAGCAGCAUUAAGGAAGUCCUCUGUGACAACACUGCUAUGGGACAGAAUUUGACAGAUGACACUGGCUUGCAAAUCAUUGCCGCUUGCAACCCAUACAGAAAACACACAGACAUAAUGAUCAAGAGAUUGGAGUCAGCUGGUUUGGGAUACAGAGUUCGUGCUGAGGAAACAGAUGAAAAACUUGGAUCCAUUCCACUUCGCCAGCUUGUGUACAGAGUGCAUGCUUUACCACCUAGCAUGAUUCCACUAGUGUGGGACUUUGGACAACUCAAUGACCAUACUGAGAAAAUGUACAUCAAGCAAAUAGUUGAAAGGGUAUUUCAAACCCAUUCCAUUGAUUCAAACUGCAUCACAACCAUUACAGAUGUUCUGUCAGCCUCACAGAUGUAUAUGCGAACAAGACAGGAUGAAUGUAGUUUUGUGAGUCUGAGGGACGUAGAGCGUUGCAUGCAAGUUUUUGUCUGGUUCUACAUAAACCACAAAAUGUUACUCAAAGAGCUUGGCGAGUUUGAGAGUGGAAAAAUAAAUGAUCAACAUCAGAGGGAUACUAAAAUAACAAACCCAAUUCUAUGGUCAUUAAUUAUGGCUGUUGGUGUCUGUUACCAUGCCUGCUUGGAGGAUAAACAGAAAUACAGAGAAAACAUUUGCAGACACCUUCCAGAGACCUACAGCCCAAUGAAAGUGAUGCAGGAGAUCUCAGUUAUUCAGGAUCUUUUCCUGAGUGGAGUUCCAUUGGGUGAAACUAUUGCCCGAAACAAUGCCUUGAAGGAAAAUGUCUUCAUGAUGGUUAUUUGCAUUGAACUGAGAAUACCUCUCUUUUUGGUUGGAAAACCUGGAAGCUCUAAGUCUUUGUCAAAAACUCUAGUUGCAGAUGGCAUGCAAGGCCAAGCAGCUCAUUCGGAUUUGUUUAAAAAGCUAAAGCAAAUUCAUCUUGUAUCCUUCCAGUGCAGUCCUCACUCUACACCAGAUGGGAUCAUCAAUACAUUCAAGCAGUCUGCCCGUUUUCAGAAAGACAAGAAUCUAUCAGAGUAUGUCUCGGUAGUAGUGCUAGAUGAGAUAGGCUUGGCUGAAGAUUCCCAGAAAAUGCCCCUGAAAACUUUACAUCCUUUGUUGGAAGAGGGAUGCAUAGAUGACCAGCCAGAACCGCACAAGAAGGUUGGAUUCAUCGGUAUUUCUAACUGGGCUUUGGAUCCAGCCAAGAUGAAUAGAGGGAUAUUUGUUUCACGUAGUGAUCCUGAUGAAAGGGAAUUGAUUAAGACUGCUGAAGGAAUAUGUUCCUCGAAUCCCAUGAUCCUUGAGAGGGUAAGAGAGUACUUUCAGCCAUUCGCCUGCGCUUACCUGAACAUCUGUAACGAACAAGGCAGAGGUUUCUUUGGUUUGCGAGACUAUUACAGCUUGAUAAAGAUGAUAUUUGCUGUUGCCCAAGCUUCAGAACAGAGGAAGAAGCCUAGUGCAGAACAGAUUGUGAAAGCUGUGCUGAGGAACUUCAGUGGCAAGGAUAAUGUGGAUGCUGUUGCAGUUUUCACCAGCAGACUAAAUAUCAAACCCAAACUUGAGAAUGUCAGUACCAUUGAGCUUGUAAGAGAGAACAUCACAGCCAUUGGUCAAGAUGAGGAAUGCAGAUACCUGCUGGUUCUGACCAAAAACUAUGCAGCCCUUCAAAUUCUUCAGCAUAUGUUUUUUUCAGACCUGUGCCAACCAGAGAUUAUCUUUGGUUCAAGCUUUCCAAAAGACCAGGAGUAUACUCAGAUAUGCCGCAACAUUAACCGUGUGAAGAUCUGUAUGGAAACUGGUCAAACCAUUGUGCUUCUGAACCUGCAGAACUUGUACGAAAGUUUGUAUGAUGCUCUUAACCAAUAUUAUGUUUGGCUUGGAGGUCAGAAAUAUGUGGAUUUGGGGCUUGGAACUCACAGAGUCAAAUGCAGAGUGCACAGAGAUUUCAGGCUCAUUGUGAUUGAGGAGAAGGAUGUUGUAUACAAGCAGUUUCCCAUUCCAUUGAUCAACAGGUUGGAGAAACAUUAUCUUGACAUCAAUACCAUACUAAAAAGUGAGCAAAAGGACCUUGCUGAGAAGCUGAAGCAGUGGGUUGCAUGCUUCAUUGCAGCUAAAAGCAAUCACUCAAUUGCUCCCCAAGCAUGCUGCUACCGUCCUGCUGAUGCUUUCAUUGGCUACCACUCAGACACCUGUGCCUCUGUUGUCCUGCAAGUUACAGAGCAGCUCAAAGGGCAAAUUUCAGAUGAUUCGAAGAAGAUUUUAGAUGAGGCUAAAUUGAUCCUUUUGAACUGUGCUACACCAGAUGCAGUGGUUAGGCUAGACUGCACUCCCUUCUCCAAAGUAGAAACUGAGCACUUGUCAAGGGUGUACUUUGAAGACCAGAAGCAUAGCUCACUUGCUGACUUCAUCCUUUCUCAAAUACAGCAAGCAGGGCCUAGCCAUGCCUUUUUCACAGAGGUAACUACAUUCUCAAGGCUUCUGACCGCAACAGAAACUGAACAGCUACAGGACAUAGUUCAAAACAUUGAGCUCCUCUCAUUACAGCAGUUUGACAUGGAAAACUCAUUCCUCAAGACAAUCAGGAAUUAUUUGGAAAACACCACUGGAGAUAAGAUACUUAUCAUCCAAACCAAUUUUGACGAAAGCACCCAAAGUUUAAAUUUCAUUGCAUCUGCUAAAUAUUCUUCUCUCAAUGAAAUCAACAAAUUCAGGGAAGAGUCCAAUGGAAAGAUUUUUGUGUACUUCAUCACUAAGCUACCCAGAACGGAUGGUGGAACUUCCUAUAUUGGAUUUCAUGGUGGCCCUUGGAGGUCAGUCCACAUUGAUGACCUGAGGACAUCGAAAGACAUUAUCUCUGAUAUAAAAGCCUUGCAGUGUCUGACCAUCAGCCAGUUGUUUGAAGAUAAAGCAGAGAAAACAGAUGAGCCUGAAGCUAUGGAGGUUGGAGACAUGCAUACAGAAGAAGAAAAGAUGGAACUCGAAGACAAUACUGGCUGGGAGAAUGUUUUAGACACCAACGUGUUGGUUCGUAGCUGUGUUCAGAGUGCAGUUGGCAUGCUAAGAGAUCAGACAGAGGCAGGUACCCGUAGCACCAAGAGAGUAGAAAUUCUUCUAAUGCUCUUGGAUGACAAUGAGAGUCUACAAGCUGAAUUUAUCAAAGCUUUAAAGAAACGGCUUCAUUCUCUAUUGAUGGCUCACGAUCAAAACACAAUCUCUGGCAAGAGUUGGGUCUCCAAGGAAGCACUAAAUAUUGAUGCAUUGCAAGAGGGUGGGACUUUUAGACAUGCUCUUUGGAGACGAGUUCAAGCAGUAGUAACUCCAUUUUUGGCACAACUUGUUUCAAUUAUUGACCGUGACUGCAAUCUAGACCUCUUGCUGGAUAGAAACUUUGAUGAAUCCUUGAGGAAAUUGUGGCUGGAAAUUUUUGGAGAUGUCAAGUUACUGAAUGUUCCUUACACAAGCCUAGACAACAACUCAGAGAAGACAAUCUUGGUUCAAAACUACAUUGCAGUUGACAGCAAUGUGGGUUGCACCAUGCCUUUCAGCUGGAGAAUUAAAGAUUAUCUAGAGGAACUCUGGGUACAUGCUUUUCAGCAAGAAGAUCAAUUUGAAGAGUUUUUUUGGAAGAUCCCCUUGGGCAGGUACAUCUCUGAAGCAACCCAAGAGAUGCAGAUGGAAUUUUUCCACAGGUAUCUCCAGGAUUUCAUCUCCAUGACCAUGAAGAUAACAUCAGUGGUGAAUCUUGAGCUCUUAUGUGGUGCCCUUACUUGUGGUGUAAAUGAGCUUAAGGGUAGUCAGGAAAUCCAUGAGAGUGAAGUUAUUUCUCUGCCGUGGGUUCAUGCUGCCUACCAUCGCUUCAAGAACCGAAUACAGAACCUCAACAGGAUGAUCAGUAUAGAGCCUCAGAUUGCUCAGAGGCUUCUAGAUAACACAUGUGCCAGAGAAGGAACAGAACUGGUGUUAGAUGUGUAUGCUGCAGUGGCCUGUAUUGAAUGCCUGGAGCUCCAGGCUCUAGAUAAAGAUGUUCAAAGUCUGGCCUGGCUUAGACGUGUUAAAAAGCUACAGGUGCCGAUUGAGCUGGUCUGCUGUGAGGAGAGCCUACGCCACUAUGGAGAGAAAAGCAAACGGAUUGUCACUCACAUCCAACAUGGCUGGCGUCGCAUAUACUCUCUGGCCUUGUUUGUGCAGCACAUGCUACUGGGUGUCGAGGAUGUGCAUUCGAACCUCAGGCCACUGGUUCUUGACCACACACGACGCCUAGCACAAGUCCUGGAGCAGGACUCGGACCUCAAAACCAAGCAGCCGUUUGAGGCAGUGGUCACCAUACUCAAAGCUUGCAAAGAGGAAGCAUCUCAGAGCAUUUUUAGGUUUGGCAGUCAGCUUUGUCCAGUGUGCAUGGGAGAUCCGCAGGACCCUUUGAGUCUGCCCUGUGACCACAUCUACUGCCUGACCUGUAUCAAACAGUGGCUGGUGCUUGGUCAGAUGCUCUGUCCUCUGUGUCGCCUUGAAGUGCCUGAUGACUUUGAGCUCAAGGCCUCUGAGACAAUACAGGGUCUGAUCCAUCAAAAUGCAUUGUUCAGAAAGCGAUGCAAUGCUUUCUUCAUUGAUCUGGUGUCCACCAUGUGCUUCAAGGACAGCACUCCUCCCAGCAUGGACAUCAUCCAACAUCUGUUGUCCCUCCUGAUGGUAGAGGCCCGCUCGCUCCCUCAGAUUAGAGGGCAAGACCGCAAGUUCUUGACUAAGGCUUUUUCUCCCUUUGAUGACUCUGUGGAUAAAAAUCCAGUGGUGCGUUCAGUGGUGCUGAAACUCCUGCUCAAGUACAGCUUUGAUGAUGUGAAGCACUAUCUUCAGCAGCAUCUGACAGAAGUUGAGCAAAGCAACAUCAUUCAGGAGACUGAUAAAACCGAGCUUUAUUCCUUGUACAUAAAUAGUUUGGAGGACUCAAUGUAUGAUCGGACACAAUGGCACUCUGUGGCGGAGCAGCAGAUCUGUUUGCAGGAGGAAACACGCUUUCUGCUGGAGUUCCUUCACUCUGAUUCUGUGUCUGCACACACUGCAUCUAUAGAGCACCUGCAGCAGGUGGCCAGAGUUCGAUUGUGCCUGGAUAUGGCUGCUGACCUGCCCUUUAACAGAGUGCCUAGUGCUGGUGCACAGGAUGAUCCUCCAUCCAUUACCUCAGCGUUUUUGAACAGUGUGAAUGAUCUAUGCUGCCAGAGCAGUAAUGACUGGUACAGGGUUUACCUCAUCAGAAAGAUCUGCAGCCUUCAUGGGGUUGAAUAUGUCCAGAAACUUCUGUCACAGAAAGAGUUCAGUUGGCUGUUUCCUCAGGAGAUUCUUAAUAUGAAUCAAGAUGACAACAAAAUUGACCACUAUGUAGCAUGUGGACUGGACUACAAAACUAUUAGAGAUGCAGUAACCAAAGCCAUGAUGGAUUGCAACAUGAAUGAAAUACAGAAAGCGAUUGAGCAUUGCAAAAGCACACCCAUGAAGAAAGCUGUUUAUCUGCUAAUGGCUUUGUUCAGAGAAGUCACCUUCCUGUACAGAAAUGGAAACCCCAACUCGGACCCUAAAUCUGAGCAACGUGCUGGCCUUGAAGAUUUUAUCAGAAGCACAGACAUCUUUGUCAAUGAUGAAACAAAAGCAUUUGCUAAAGGACUGGUGAAUAAUCAUCUACAUGCUCUGCGUGCACAACCUCAGAUGUCAGGCAGAGAGCUGCUUCUGAUGGAGGUUACAGUUCACAUGGCUGCAGUCCUGCUGUGUGGAAAUCUGCCUUUACUGGAGCCACUGCAGCAGCUGGCACUGUCCCCAAACAACAUGACGGCUUCAUUCAUUCCAACUAUGCCGGACGACAUGUUGGCUGUUGCCCAGCAGGCCAUAAAAGGCCCGAAUGGCUUGAAAGUCCAGUGGUAUUCCUGUCCUAAUGGUCAUCCAUGCAUUGUUGAUAUGUGUGGUCUGCCCAUGGAGGUUGGCCGCUGUCUAGAGUGUAAUGCAGAAAUAGGCGGCAUAGACCACAAACCUGUUGACGGCUUCCAAACCAUGCAGAUACAAGCGGACCGUACUCAGUCUGGACACAUUCUGAGUGAUGCACAACGUCGUGACCAGCCUGACAUGCAGGACACUAAGAAUAUGUCACCUGCUCCCUUCGCUCUUCUCAGACUGCUCACACACAUGUGCAUGCUGCUGGGAGCUCAAAACAACACACAGAGUGUCAUGCAGAUCAUCAAGCCUGCUGUGCCGGAUCCCGGGCCAUUCCUGAUGGCCCAUCUUUUGAAGGACAUGGAGCAGCUGAUUAGAGCUCUGGGUAAAGGAGUGGAUGAUACGAUCAGUACCAUCCAUUUGACCAUCCACAGUCUACUUGAUCCCCAUCAGGCCAGCCAGUGGCCUGCUCCUUAUGAUAAAAACCUUUCCUCUAAAGAUGCAAGAAAUGGAUGGGAAAAUGCCAUGAAUACUGAUGUCAUUACACAUCAGCUGAAGGUUCUGGAGAAACAGCUAAAGGAAGUGAAUGAAAUCAUCAGGAAAGAUGAGCGAGUGUCUUCUAAUCCAGUGAUGAAGUUGGCAUUUGGCAAACCAGAGCUUUUCCUGCGCUCUUUGCCCCAGAACUCCCUUAUCCAUAAUUCAUCCAUCUGGAGCUGCAGGAGGAAGGUCUCGGUGUUGAGUCUGGCCCACAUUGUGGAACAGAACAAUGGUCGGGACACUUCACCUAUACUCUGGAGGUUCCUUCAAAGGGAAGCAGAGUUACGGCUAGUGAAGUUCCUUCCUGACAUCUUGGUUCUCCAGAAGGAUUUGGUAAAGAAGUUCCAGAACGUGACAGACUUAACCUUCAAAACCAUAGGAGAAUUUCUGGAUGGCCAUAAAGAAGCUUCACUAGCUUGGUAUAAAAAGUGCAUAAACAUCUUCUUGUCAACAUGGAACCAACUCAGGGUAUCUCUGGCCACCACAGGAGAGAUAAAGCUGCCGGCUGAAUACACUCAGAAGGAUCUGAGUCUGGACGCUGACCUGCAGGUGCUGCUGCCACAGAGACAUGGUCUGGGCCUGUGCUCCACUGCCCUUGUCAGCUACCUCAUCGCCCUUCAUAAUGACCUUGUGUACACCAUGGAAAAACACACCGGAGAGGAGUCUGGUUACACGGUAAGCCCAGCUGCCCUGACGGAGAUGCAUGUGAUCCAUUAUGAGUAUGAGCGGGAUCUGCUUCCACUGAUACUGUCCAACUGCCAGUACAGCAUGGAGUGCGGACAGGAAACACUGAUGGAGUACGACCUGCCCAGUAUUCAGCAACAGAUCUUCACCCGCUUUCUACAGGGCAAACCUCUCAUAACCCUUAAUGGUAUUCCGACAGUGGUGAACAGACAGGACAGAAUUUAUGAGAUCAUAUUAAUGGAUGUGAAAGGCAAAGUGCCACAAGAGCCGCUGCGGGCUCUUAUACAGCACAACCUCGUGAAGGAGCUGCAGUCCUACAAUGAUGUGUGUGAGGCACUGUCUACAGUCGAGCUGGCCCUGGGUUUCCUCGCCAUGACCGGGGGAGAGCCACGGGUGCAGCUGGGCACUUAUUUAGAGGAGGUGCUACAGAUGACUGACAACAUGGCCCCACAUGUCUUCAAGGCAUUAAGCAGGUGCAGCCUGAAACACUGUGUGGCGCUGUGGCAGCUUCUCAGCUCUCUGAAAUCAGAGACGCUGCUGCGUCUGAAUGGGGACCCAUUUAAGGACAUCAGUGAAGAGUACAAACAUCCUCUGCAGGAGGAGCACAAGACAAGGCUCACUAGUUUUUUGACUAAGCCCAGCGCUGGUGCCGUCCUGUUGGAGAUUCAUGAAAUUCUGCUUUUAGUUCUGAAGAACCCAAAAGACACGCACACUUUCAGGCCUGACUCGGGUCUGAAAGAAACUGUUGUGUCCUACAUGAAGCGUAAAGACCUGGACGUUCCUCCUGAGGUGGACGAGUUCUUCCCUGAAGACAUUCUGCUCUCGCAGUGCAUCGAAAUGUGGAAGUUCUCUGCUCUUCUCAGACGAGAAAGAAAGUUAGAUGCUGGAUAAAGUGCUUCCGUUUUCUUACCCAAACACGCUUAGUAGACAAAACUUAGUUUUGAUUUACAAAUGAUAUACACAUUUACAACAAUUGCUCAGUACAAAAUCUUGUCUGUUUUUGCAUAUUGAAGAAUUCACUUACUCCAUUUAUAUACAGCACUGUAUGCUGUAAUAUUAUAGUUGUGAUCUGUCAAAGUACCUCUCUAGGAUAGUUAGCAAGCAUAGUACAACUUGUUACAAAGUAUAUAAAGUUGCUGACAAUUGUUCAACCAUUCUUUUUUUUUAAUGUGUUUACUUCAUACUCUAAAUACAUAUAAACUCAUUUAAGUCCCGACUCGAGGACCGAUUACAACACUCUCGCUCCACCACUUCACUUUCUUGCUGUCUAUUCCUGCCUUUCUGUCCUAAUAGAUUAAAGGCA